UGCGCAGUGGCGUCAGUUUUGUUUGAAGUGAACUGCUCCUUGGAACUGCCCAGUAAGCACGAAAGUCGAUAAGCAGAGCAUUCAACACCACAUUUGUUCGAUUCCUUGAUAUAUCAAUCUAGUGCCUCUAUGCAUCGUAGGAACGAUGUUAGGCCACCACCACUAUCCAAAUGCGGAGAAAUCCCAACAAUUGAUCAACUAUGUGGAGGAUUAUCUGGAAUGUGUUGAGUCCCUUCCUCUGGACAUACAAAGAAAUGUUUCUCUGCUACGCGAAAUAGAUUCAAAGUAUCAAGAGGUGCUCCAGGAGGUCGACGACGUGUUUGAGCGCUAUAAGGACGAGCAGGACGCCGCCCAACGCAAGCGGCUCCAGGGGCAGCUGCAGCGCGCGCUCAUCCUCAGCCAGGAGCUAGGCGAUGAGAAGAUCCACGUGGUCACCCAGAUGACCGAGCUGGUGGAGAACCGCUCGCGGCAGAUGGACAGCCACUCCCAGUGCCUCCAGGAGCCCGCCGAGUCGGAGCGGCCCCCCGCCGCGGUCGAGAGGCGCUCCGGGCCCCCCCAGGAGCCCCCGGCGCCGCCCGAGCGCUCGUCCGCCCGCCGGCCCCGGCGCCAGCGCAACAGCGAGAGCCGGGACUCGUGCCACAAUUCGGCCAACGGCUCGCUGGCGGACGACCCGGUGGACGAGCCUCCGAGCUCGCAGCCCCGCGAGAAGAAGUCCAAGUCAGCGAAGAAGAAGAAGCGCAAGGCCAAGCAGGAGCGCGACGCGUCGCCCGUGGACUUCGCCAUCGACCCCAACGAGCCCACCUACUGCCUGUGCGAGCAGGUGUCCUACGGCGAGAUGAUCGGCUGCGACAACGAGCAGUGUCCCAUCGAGUGGUUCCACUUCUCCUGCGUGGGCCUCACCUACAAGCCCAAGGGCAAGUGGUACUGUCCCAAGUGCCGGGGGGACAGCGAAAAGACAAUGGACAAAAGCCUGGACAAGAACAGAAAGGACCGACGGUCGAGGUAGCUCAGCGGCGCUCCUUCUCUGCCUCGGCCCGUGAAUGUGCGACAGAUCCGUCGAGGACUCUUAUGUACUGGUGCUUACCCCCCUCCCCCCCUCCGUCAAAGGACUUGUUAGUUAGUGUUGUACGGUUACAUCACUGGUGGUCACCGCUGGCUGGCUAUAGCUUGGUUUUAUAGUCAACGGAGAGGUCACCAUGUUGUUGUUGUUGUUGUUGUUGUUGUGACAUUUCCUCAGUCAGGGACAGCCAUUGCCUUGUUUUGUUUUUUAUUUGUUCCGUGGAACAUUCUGGUUCUCAGUGUGAAUGAGCAAAAUGUGUAUCCGUUUUGGUUUGCGAUUGUUGUAGAAAACAGUCUAGUUUAAUACAAAGCAAUGUCUUUCCAUGUCUUUAAUGAGUUAUUUUUUAUUGGAACGUCUGAACGGGUCAUUCCUGAAUCCAUUGAAACCCUUCUGAACGUCUGUCAGCCUGAUCAAGGAUGCUGGAGGCCCGCAUGAUUCUCGGAAAAUAAGCGUUUGUGUGUGACGUGUCUGAGGGGUCAGCAUUUAGACCCUAGAGGAGCUCUACACCUCUCUUUGGACCUCGUUCGUAUUGUUAAGCACUCCCUUGAUUUCACUGUUUUUUUUGUACAACAUAAUGAUAUAUAUAUAUACAAAAAUAAGCACAUUAAAACAAAGUUAAACAGA